UAUAAAACGAACUGGCAUAACUUCUGUAAUACUAAACUGCUUAGUUUUUGGAGAGGAUCCUUAUGAUGAAAUUUUUUCAGUUGAAAUUAGCACUAGUAAAAAUGUUUAUGCUCUUAAGAAAGCCAUCAAUGAUAAACUUAAAAGUGAUGUAGUGACAAAGAAACUCAAAUUGUUCAAAGUUAAUAUUUCCCUUGGAGAAACUAGAGAUGAGAAUAUCGUGCAGAUGCUUGAUCUCAGUAUUGGUCAGGAAAUGAAUAACUUUCAAAAAAUUAGUGAUUAUUUUAGUGCGCAACCAGUUGACACAAAUUUACAUAUUCUCGUGCAACUUCCUAUUGUUGCCACUGGCACGAUAAGGGCUCGUUCAUUUUCUCUUGAAUCUAAUAUCAACGAAAAACGGCUAAAGUGUGAAAAAGAAUACAACGACACUGUUGCACGUGGCCUUGAAGCGAUUAGCCCCUCAGUUAGAUCUAAGCCUUCUGAAUUCUUCAGAAGCCAACAAUCGUGCCCAAUCCUUAAUGGUCGACCAUUUGAAAACACUAGUCCACCCAUUACUCUUUACCAUAUCAUAUUUAGCCAAUUCCUUGGUGAUCUUAGUAAUGCGAAUAUCGAAAUACCUUCUGAUUUUUUACUAUGGAUUGAUGAUUUUAUUUAUGCAGCGAUAGACAGUUAUUUUGAAGAAGAACGUAAUCAAAAAAUGAGAAGUCUGUUUUCGGAUAAAUUAGGCACUGUGUUGGUGAUUGAAUAUGGACAAGGCAGGGAAUAUUCAAAGGAAAGAACGAGAUUGGAACAGGUGGAAGUGACCCCACUAUACAAGGAGCGAUAUAUUUUAGAGAUUAUUGGUCUCAGUCAAAUGUUGGCAAAAUCUGAGAAUGCUGCUGUGCUCCGUCCUUCAUCAUCUCCAUUGCCGGCCCAUGGUCCAGCUGUUAACGGACUUCAUUCCUCUCACGAUAAAUCUACGAAUUCCAGAUCAAGUCAAUCAAAUUGCUUGCCUUUUUUAUGCAUUGCUUGUUGCUUUUCAACGGCUUCAGUAUUUCUAUCAAAAUCUGAGCUUGGAUCCAUCAGAUCAACGAUUUUUUCCUUAUAUUUGAGAAAGGCUAAAACAGAUGAUAAUCAUAUGAUUGUUGUAAAAUUUGCGCCAAAAUACAAUUUUGAAGCACAUAACAUCUAUGCGCUUCAAGAUUACACUCCAAAACUACUAUACUGUAGUAAUGAUGAAGAAGCUAAGACACUAGGGGGGCAUAAGAUGAUUAUUAUAGAAUAUGUUGACAGUACUUCACUUGAUCAGAAACAUGAGAUUAAUCCUGUGUUUUGGGAGGCUAUUUUUAACGACGUUGAGGCUGCUAUUUAG